GACAGAGCUAAGGCCAUGGCCCCCCCACCGCCAGCCCUGACCGCCAGCACCCCACUCCUGCAUGGCGAGUUUGGUUCCUACCCAGCCCGAGGCCCACGCUUUGCCCUCACUCUCACACCACAAGCCCUGCACAUCCAGCGGCUGCGCCCGAAGCCUGAAGCCCGGCCACGGGGUGGCCUGGUCCUGCUGGCCGAGGUCUCAGGCUGCUGCACCCUGCGGAGCCGGAGCCCCUCAGACUCGGCAGCCUACUUCUGCAUCUAUACCUACCCGAGGGGCCGGCGCGGGGGCCGGCGCAGAGCUGCACGUACCUUCCGAGCCGACGAGGCAGCCACCUAUGAGGAGAACCGUGCUGAGGCCCAGCGCUGGGCCACUGCCCUCACGUGUCUGCUCCGCGGGCUGCCGCUGCCUGGGGACGGGGACAUCACCCCUGACCUUCUGCCUCGGCCGCCCCGAUUGCUCCUACUGGUCAAUCCCUUUGGGGGGCGGGGCCUGGCCUGGCAGUGGUGUAAGAACCACGUGCUGCCCAUGAUCUCUGAAGCUGGGCUGUCCUUCAACCUCAUCCAGACAGAACGACAGAACCACGCCCGGGAGCUGGUCCAGGGGCUGAGCCUGAGCGAGUGGGACGGCAUCGUCACAGUCUCGGGAGAUGGGCUGCUGUACGAGGUGCUGAAUGGACUCCUAGAUCGCCCCGACUGGGAAGAGGCUGUGAAGACCCCAGUGGGCAUCCUGCCCUGUGGCUCUGGCAACGCACUGGCAGGAGCUGUGAACCAGCAUGGGGGGUUUGAGCCGGCCCUGGGCAUUGACCUGCUGCUCAACUGCUCUUUGCUGCUCUGCCGGGGUGGCGGCCGCCCACUGGACCUGCUCUCGGUGACGCUGGCCUCCGGCUCCCGCUGUUUCUCCUUCCUGUCUGUGGCAUGGGGCUUCAUAUCAGACGUGGAUAUCCAGAGCGAGCGCUUCAGAGCCCUGGGCAGUGCUCGCUUCACACUGGGCACAGUGCUGGGACUGGCUACACUGCACACCUACCGCGGCCGCCUCUCCUACCUCCCUGCCACCGUGGAACCUGCCUCACCCACUCCUGCCCAUGGUCUGCCACGUGCCAAGUCAGAGUUGACCCUGGCCCCGGCCCCAGCCCCACCCGUGGCCCACUCACCCCUGCAUCGCUCUGUGUCUGACCUGCCCCUGCCCCUGCCCCUGCCUACCCUAACCUCUCCUGGCUCACCUGAACCCCUACCUGUCCUGUCCCUCAAUGGUGGGUGCCCAGAGCUGGCUGGUGACUGGGGUGGGGCUGGGGAUGCCCCGCUAUCCCCAGAUCCACUGCUGCCCUCGCCCCCUGGCUCCCCCAAGGCAGCUCAACUUUCACCCAUCACCGAGGGGGCCCCAGAAAUGCCAGCAUCCUCUGAGCUCCUGCCUCCCACCCCUGAUAUCCCAGUAGCCAUCUCCACUGGGGGCCCACCCGACCACCUGCUCCCUCCUCUGGGCACUCCACUACCCCCAGACUGGGUGACAUUGGAGGGGGACUUUGUGCUUAUGUUGGCCAUCUCACCCAGUCACCUAGGGGCUGACCUGGUGGCAGCCCCCCACGCACGCUUUGACGACGGCUUGGUGCACCUGUGUUGGGUGCGCAGCGGCAUCUCGCGGGCAGCACUGCUGCGCCUUUUUCUGGCCAUGGAGCACGGCAGCCACUUCAGCCUGGGCUGUCCGCAGCUGGGCUAUGCCGCGGCUCGUGCCUUCCGCCUCGAGCCUCUCACGCCCCGCGGCGUGCUGACAGUGGACGGGGAGCAGGUGGAGUAUGGGCCAUUGCAGGCGCAGAUGCAUCCGGGCCUUGGUACACUGCUCACUGGUCCUCCGGGGUGCCUUGGGCGGGAGCCCUGAACCCAACCAAGCCUGGAGUCCGCCAGGGGCGGGGCCUGAGUUGGGGGUGCGGCGUGGCUGCUACAGUCAGGACGGAGGCCGCACGGGUCCUGGCCCAGUCUCAGGAUUGCGCCUUCCCCUAGGUGAUAGGGGAGGGUGUCCCGAAUUCCUGGGGGAGAGGAUCCUGAAGAAAUAGGCUCGCCCCAAGGGUAGUGCCUGAUCGAGGGCGGAGCUCCUCGCGCGCUCUUAGGAGGCUAGGUCGGCUGAGGGCGGAGCCUGUCCUAAAAGUGGUCCAAUGACGCGACCUAGAAUGUAUGGGCGGGAGGGUCUCGCCCUAUCCACUGCGGUGCCUCCACUAAGCUGGCCAAUCAGCCGAGGAGGGGCAGGUUCCCCGGGGCCGGCGCACCGACUUGCACUAAUGUUCCUCUCCCCGCGGGUGGGGCGGGGAAGUUCGUGUCCCCUGUCUUCUGUCUCUUGUGCGUCCCCUGCUCCCAGUUGUCAAAGCAAUUGAAAAGGUCUAUGCAAUAAAGGCAGUGGCUUCAUCACUCUCAG